AUGACGGACAAGCGAUCGCCUCAAAGCCCUGCACACCGAUCGCAAAAGCGAUCCAAAACUUUCCCUCUGGCCCCAAAUGAAGAAAACAUCAGCACUCCCUGCCGGCGAGCUACCGCUCCCUUAAUUGAGAAUGAAGCAACUGCGGAAGCCAACUCCCCAAGCAAGCAAAAGGGCACGGAAAAUGAGGUCGCGACCCCCGACGAGGAGCAACUUGAGAGCCCCAAAGACAGUCCUCUUCGUGCAUCACCGCCGAACGAUCACCCAGAUGCGGAUCCAGAGAGCACGCGUUUAUCAGAUUUCGACACUUUUGCGGCUGACAGAGACGCCGAAGACAAGCCUUCCGAACAAGAAGGCGAUGAUCCGCUUGUACCUGAAGGCAAGGAAAGUGACGGCAUUUCUGACGCAUACUGUGACCCUGACUACGACGAUGAAUCAGACAUAGGCUCACCAGUGGUGUCUGAGGACUUGAACGAGGAAUUUGGUCGAUGGGUGCCACCGUCGGAACCACUUAGACCAGAGAAUCCUUACAGGAAAGGGCAAACUCUUGAGAUUAGAAAGCAUACGGCUUCCCGCCCUUUCGGUAUGAAUUACCCGUAUCACAAAGGCGAGAGGAAAUGCGCAUCUGAAAGGGAACUACGACAAAAGACGCUUGUGAAACUGUGCCUGGAUCGCCCUCCAUCCGAAGGCGAGACUGCAGCAGGUGAAAAGGCAAUGACCUUGGAGAUCAUGGACGAGAUACGAGUGAAAGAAGACGGCGGUGCUCAGAUUGUUGUCUGCCGAUUCUCUGAGCAGCAGGAGCCAGUGAUAGCGAAGAUCUACGAUCCUCUGUACUACGGCUUCGCAGACCGGAUGUGGUCAGAUCAGCCGCGAGACGUUACCUAUGAGGCUGGAAAGGAUUAUUGUCGGGAGGUAGCAGCCUACCUGGAACUCGACAAUGAACUCGGCGGCACAAUCGUUCCCAAAUACCACGGCUCAUGGACCUUUCAGUUGCCACUGGAUCUUCCUGACGGUCAGAGAAUGCGAGACAUUCGACUCAUAUUGAUGGAGUACAUUGACGGCAGGCCGAUGACAGAUUUGAAACCGGAAGCCUUUCCAGAAUCUGUCGGCUUGGAAUUGGUGACGCGCAUAGUUGAGGCAGUGUCCCGAAUCCAGUUCGUCGGUGUAAGGCACGGUGACGUUUCCCAGCGGAACGUCAUGGUCUGCCUCACCGAACCUGACGUAAUCGAAAGAGUCGCUUUGAUCGACUUCAACUUCGCGGUCGUUACCCGUCUUGACAAUUUUGAGCAGCAGUUUCGCGGUCUGACCCGGGAACCGAAGCCAGAGAAACCUCCAAACCCGAUUGAUAGAUGGUGGCGUGGUGCUCUGUACGGUAUGGCCGGAGAGUGGCUCCCCAAGAGCUGGGAGUUCAGGUUGCGAGCAUGUCAGGAGUGGCUUUAUGAGAGGUACGGCACUUCGGAAGAAUACGCGCCUCCGAAAAGAUCCCUGAAAUGGGAUGAAGAAAACCUUCCACGAAACUGGAUUGCUACCUGA